AUGCACAUGCGGGUAGUGGGACUGUUGAUGUCGCUGGGGUUGGGGAUGGCAGAGGCUUCUCUUGCGUCCUCCUCCUCCUCAUCCAGCUUCUUCUCUUCCUCUCCUUCUUGUCGACUCCUUCACUCCCCAUCGCCUGAUUCCAUGCCUUUGUCUACCUCCCCUUCGUCACGGGCUCAGAUCCCGAUCUCUUCCUCCGACUCCUCGUUGAGGAGAGGAACGAUGUUGUUCUGCUCCCCAGCGGGACUGUUUCGAGCUGAUAAUUGCCUUGCUGCAUCAUCAAGGCCAGGCAUCAUACCUUCUGCUCCCUGGCGCUAUGCAGCGACCAGGCCAGCGAUCGUGCGGUCAGGAGGAAGAGCGAUGAAGAUGAGUCAGCAGGCUGAUGAGCUGCUCAUCACUAGGCCACGAACGUCAAACUGCUGGUACGGAGUCUUUUUUGACCUUGUAAGCAAGUCCGGCAAGUUGAAAAUUCAUGACAUUCAGUCGGGAUGUUCGAGCUUGGCCCAGGAUGUCGAGCUGGACCUUCAGGUUUGGAAGUGCACCAAAGGAAGCUUUCUAGGGAACGAGAACGAUCCCUCUGCAUGGAAGUGCCUGGGAAAGAGAAAGCAAGUGAUGAACGUGAUCGAGUUCGAGCAGGGAGAGUUCACGAUCAAGACGGAGCUCUACAAGUCUUUCCCUCUUGAUGAACCCGUGAGCGACUGUCCUGCUGUCUUCCAUGGACAUGACAUCCUCCUCUUGACUCACGCUCGCUCCCUCGUGUCGCCUGCAGAUACCCUUGGAUGA